AUGUACAACAACGUACGUUGGCUAAGCCGAGGUCACGUUCUGGAACGGUUUGUGGAAUGCCUUGAUGAAAUUCGAAUCUUUAUGGAUGAUAACAAACAAAAUUGCUCAGAAUUGACAAAUGUUGACUGGCUUAUCAGGCUAAUAUUUUUUACCGAUUUUUCAUCCCAUUUAAAUGAGCUUAAUACGAAGUUGCAAGGUUUCGGAAAAUCUGUCGAUCAGGCAUUUGACGUCUUGACAGCAUUUGAGAAAAAGUUGAAGAUUUACAAACGUGACAUAGAGAAGGAAGAAUUAAAAUAUUUUAACAAACUGAAGAAAUUCUAUGAUGAUUUAAAAGUUCACGAUACUGCCGGCAAAGAUUUUCAGAAAAGAUUGUUUUUAGAGAUAAUUGACACAACUGCUGAACAAUUUUCACUGCGUUUUGAACAAUUUCGAAAAUUCGAGUACACCUCCAAAUUUAUAAAAUAUCCAGAUACAGUAGAUUUUGAAACUCUGGAUUUGACCAUGUUUUCUUGGAUGGGAUUACACGACUUUGAAAUGCAACUUGUUGAGUUUCAGUCCAGCGCAAUUUGGAGACAGAAAUUUAUUGACUUACGAAUACGACUUGAAUUAAUUGAACGUGAACGGUUAAAUGGAUCAUUAGAACCUCAGAUAUUAGCAGAAAAUGAGAUCCUUCAAGUUUGGAAUGACCUGCCUAAAACUUUCAAUUCUCUGAUAAAAGUAGCAACAUCCAUUCUGUCAAUUUUCUCGUCUACUUACUCAUGCGAAUCUUUAUUUUCUACAAUGAAUUAUAUUAAAUCAGAUGCCAGAAGUUGCUUGACCGAUGAACUAAGUGCGGCGUGUGUAACUUUGAAGAAUACACGGUAUACACCAGAUAUCAAACUGUUAUCGUCUACCACACAACAGCAGAAGUCGCACUGA